AUGGCGGCGCUCGGGCCGCCGGCGCGCACCCUGCGCGGUCUUCUACGGGAGCUGCGCUACAUGAACGCAGGCACCGGCCGACCCUACCGCGACACCGCGGCCUAUCGGUACCUCGUGCAGGCUUUCCGCGCCCAUCGGGUCACCAGUGAGAAGCUGUGCAGAGCCCAACAUGAGCUCCAUUUCCAAGCUGCCACCUAUCUCUGCCUCCUUCGUAGCGUGCGUGAACAUGUGGCCCUUCAUCAGGAAUUUCAUGGCAAGGGUGAGCGCUCAGUGGAGGAGGCAGCUGGCUUGGUGGGUCUCAAGUUGCCCCAUCAGCCCGGAGGGAAGGGCUGGGAGCCAUGA